ACCGACCUAUUUAGUAGAUCGCCCUCGGUAAUCGCCUCAAAUAUCAGCUGGGCACGUGUCAUUUAAAACACUUCAAGAAACUUCCUAAGCUGACAGAGAAUUAAGUUAAGUGAAUAGUCCUGUAAUUAGUUCGCGACAUGAUGUAUUAACAGAAGAGACUAUUGUUAUAUUGAUUACCAACACAGUUAAUUAAGAUGUUAUCCAGCCUUUAGCAUUAUAAACUUAGCAUCGAUUCAACAUAUAUGAAGAUUGAUAAUAAUUGCAAGAAAAGUCCUUGUUAAUUGAGAAACAUACAGUACUAAUACGAGCUGUCAUAGUGAGAAUGGAUUCUAAUCUAGAGAAAAGUUAUUUUUCACCAAUAUACUAUCUUGUACCAACAUUUACAUUGUUGUAUGUAGCCUACAGAUGGUUUCAGGGUCAAUCACAAACAACCAAGUUUACUGAAGUAAGAACCAAGCCAGCAUCCAUUGUGUCAGUUAUUGGAUCAGGUGGACAUACACGAGAAAUGCUUCGAUUGAUGGGUGCAUUAAGUGGUAAUUAUUCACCUCGGCAUUAUAUUCUAGCAAAUACUGACAGUAUUAGUGAAAGUAAAGUACACGCUAUGGAAGAUGAUCUGCGGAAAAAAAAGAAUUUUAAGACCGAGUAUUUAAUUCACAAGAUACCAAGAUGUCGGGAAGUUAAUCAGUCCUGGUUUACCACAGUAGCUUAUACAAUAUAUAGUAUAUUCUAUUGUAUUCCACUGAUGGUUAUUUGUAGACCAGAAAUAAUAUUAUGUAACGGACCAGGAACCUGUAUACCAGUAUGUUUAGUUGGAUGGAUUAUAAAGUGCUUUGGUAUUGUGCAGACCAAGAUUAUCUACGUUGAAAGUAUAUGUCGUGUGGAUAAACUAUCUAUGACGGCAAGACUUGUGUAUAAAUUUGCAGAUAACAUUAUUGUGCAGUGGCCUGAAUUACAAUCUAAAUAUCCGAAAUGUGAAUAUUAUGGAAGACUUGUGUAAUAAAACUUUAAUAUUCGGUCAUUAAUCAUUUUCAUAAGACUUUACUGUGAUAAUAUGUGCAAAUGAGAUUUCCUUGGGACAUGUUAGAACUAUAUCAGGAUUAAAUACUAAGUGAUUAUUAUGCUUUUUCUCAUCAAUGAUAACUAAUUCAUAUGGUAAAUAUUUAACAUGUCCCCUUGUAAUAGGUUGAAUGUAUUUAUUGUAUAAGUGUGUUUUUGUAAGAGAUUAUUUUAUUUUAUAUCAGUCUAUUGAAAUGAUGCAAAAAUCAAUUCAUUCCAUAAGUAUUGUUAAGUCAUGGUAAAAGUGUAAUAAUAAAGAGCUAUAUACAUAA